AUGACCAACACCCAGUAUGAGAAGGACAGGGAAAAGCAUGUUAAGCAUAUUCAGGAUGUUUUUAAAUCAAUGGGUAUUUCAAUCUUAGCAAAAGAGGUUAUAGAUGGUCUGCCAAAACAGGCCAAGCUCAAAGGGAAGGAACUAGUAUCUGACAAUCGUGAUUCUGACCAUGAUUAUGAUCCAUCAUCUGAUAUUGAUAACCAAACUGACAGUGAUGAUUCUGAUGAUUUUGAGGAGAGGGCUAAGUACAAUAACAUGGAACCUGAUCCUGUUGAUUUCUUUGGUGAAUGCAUGAAUAGUCCCAAAAGUGGUCGAACUCCUCUUGCCAAUGAAGUAUAUGCACUAAUGGUGGCAGAGAAAGAAAAACAGCCAGAAGAAGGACAAGCACAAAAGUCUCCUUCCAAGAUUGUUGCUGACAGUCUCAGCCAGAUUAGUCGUUCUUCCACCUUUCUUCCCAACAUUGGUGUCCCUCGAGCGUCGAAAAGUAACCGUGCCUCAUCGACAGCAGCACAAGUACGCAUGCAAGCCGAGUUUGAGGAAAGACUGCAGGCUGAAAGAGAAGAAGCUGCUAGGAAGCAGGAAGAAUUGCAAGCACAACUUCAAGCUCAACAGGCUGCACUUAAAGAAAACCAAAGUUUGCUGCUCCAGACCCAAGAGGAAGUGAAGGGGAUGCAUAACAAGUUUGAAGAGACUAAUGCACUACUGCGAGCUGUCUUGAAACUUCAAAAAGAUUGA